AUGCUAAAGGAAUUUGUAUCUCGAUUUCAGAUGGAAUGCAUGGACCUCCCCCCGAUUACCGAUGAUUGGGCUGUCCAAGCCUUUACUCAGGCCCGAAGGCAGGAUUUAAAGAGACAUCGACAGAGAGCCCGAUCGAACAAAGAUCGAUACCAACCAUAUAGCGCAGAUCGAAGAAACAAUGGACCGGGACGUAAUCCCAUACGAAAUGAUCGAAGGAAUGAUCGAAGACAAAAUUCUCGAGGGCUCUUGAGUAAGAAUGGCUUUAAUAAAUACGUCGAGCCUAAGGAAGCACCACGGUUAUUGGAAUACAACUUCAGCAUCGAUGCUUCAAGUAUUGUGUCAGCCAUUGGGAGAAUCAAGGAUACUAGGUGGCCCAGGCCCCUGCAAACCAAUCCAGCUCAAAGGAAUCCGAAUCAAAUAUGCAAGUACCAUGGAAUCCAUGGUCACAGAACCGAGGACUGCAGACAACUAAGGGAGGAGGUAGAUUGUUUAUUCAACGAAGGUCAUCUUCGAGAGUUCUUGAGUGACCGAGCAAAAAAUCACUUCACAAACAGGGAUGCAAACAGGAAAAACGAACAGGAGGAACCACACAAUGUGAUUCAUAUGAUCGUCGGUGGAGUCGAUAUCCCUUAG